CUGGGCUUCCCCUCUGGGCCGGGCCAGGUCGGUCGGCUGCCAUCGAGAUGGUCGUUCUCCAAGGCAGGGAGGCUGGCGGGGUGCAGGAGGAGGGAGGAGCCGCCCCAGAGAAGCCCCUCGGGAGGAUUGAAGAUUGUCUGCCACCUCUGGCCAAUUCCUCCACCAAGAGGUUCUCCCCAGCCAAACGGAAACAACAUUACAUUAACCAGGCCAUUCGCAACUCGGACCUCAUUCCCAAAGCCAAAGGACGCAAGAGCCUCCAGCGGCUAGAGAACACCCGAUAUCUAAUGACUCUUCUGGAACAUGAUGAUUAUGUCCCUGAAGACGGGGAGCUGGACCACUCGGCUGCCCCGAGCAUUUUCUCCGAAGCGUGCAACAACGAGUCAUAUAUGGAGAUCUGGAACGAUUUCGUGAACCGGUCUGGUGAAGAGCAGGAGCGACUCCUCUUGUAUUUGGAGGAAAAAGCUACAAAGAAGCGGAGAAACAAGUUGCCUGACAGAGCCGAAGGAAACUGGAAAGGCCAUCCCGCAUAUACACCCAAAGAAUGUUUCCAACGCAUCAGCCGUCGCCUGCGCACAACACUGAAACGCAGCCGGAUCCCCAUGGUUCCAGCAACGAAGGGAAGCGGCAGAUGCAAGUCAGCAACAAGCGGACCGUCUUCCUUCCCCCGUCCCUCCUGCUUUCGGCGUACCUGGAGCAAAUGAGCUGAUAGAGGCUAAGGGAAGAGGGGCCCUCGGCCGCCCCCGUCCUCUUUCAUCUCCCCUCUUCCGUUGGCUUUUUAAUAUUUAAAAGAGAAAUAAAUGUGUGUGUGAAAGUGGGAGGGGGGUUACGUUGGUUCGCAGGAGUAGUCGUUUCCUCUAGGCUUGCAAUCUAUUGGGGGAGAUUUGGAACUGGGUUUUUCGUCAUUUGGUGCCAUGUGGUGGACCUGGGAAGACCUUUCCAACCAAAGGCCGCAGAGUAGCUGUGAGGAGAGAUAAAAGCCUUACAGCUACCAGCAGGGUUCCCUACUCUUUGCUGCAUGCAGGCCGUUGCUAAGUUGCCGCCUACUUCUUUGGCACAGUUUGACUCAGAACAGGCCAUCUCCCUUUCUGGGGACUCUAGCUCGGGGCUCGAUGGAGGCAGAAAUAGCCGAACCCUUCCCCCUAUACUGCGUUACAGCUGCAAACUUUUAUUGAUUUUAAUUAGCUUUGAAAAGUGUCCCCAAUUCCUAAAAAAGUGGAAUUAUUUUUAAGUAGGUCCUUUAAAAGAAGGACCUACAGAAGAUGAAUCUUCUCUGAAGAAGCAUUUCCUGUUUCAUGCAGGAAGUGAUCCCUCUACCUAAGAUGAGGCAUUCCCCAUCCAUGCUCCCUCUUCCAGGGAGAUUGCUCUCCUGAGACAAGACUUUCCUCCUCGCUUUUCACAGAUGAGGAUGUGUCUUCUAAGAUGGUGGCUCCUCCGACACAUUUGAGCACUGCCUGAAAGCAGAGCACGUGUGGUUUUCUUCAAAAUUCUGUGUUCAUAUUGAAUUUUGUGCAGGUUUAGUUAAAAGAAAAUCAGUUGAUAAAUCAGAUGGAUUUAAAUCAAGUGACAGCCUUAUGAAGCAACAUGGAUAGGGGUUUGGAGGGAGAGGUAUUUGGCGGGAGGGAGGCAUCAGUGCCCAGGAGCAAUGAAAUUCCCUGAGCCCCCAAAUCUCACAAUUAUUUUGUGAUAAAGAGAUGUUGUCCUCCUCCGCCAUUUUCUCUACUCAGUUUGACGCAUUCUUUUCUGGCCCUUUUUAAUCAAGCUGAUCUACUUGUAACAUGUUGGGGAUGGAUUUUUGGAGGACAAUUUUUUUCCUCUGACACAACUUCUUCGAAGUGCCAAGUGUUGUGUUCAAGCCCCGUUGAAGUGACAAAGUGUAAACUUCCCAAUUGCUUUUUCAGUUUGGCAGGCGUUUUUAGGUUUGAGAAAGAAGAUCUUAAACCCAUUUUUAAUACUUGUUUUAAAUUGGGAGAUUUCUGUCUUCUUUUGCAAGCACAAUUUUGGAAGAGAAAAAAGCACACAUGUGCCCCUCGUGGGGCCCAUGCACGCCACAUUUGCUCUGCACAGCCUGUCCCCCCUCGGCAACGCCGGUUGCUUUCCCUUUGAUUUUCAGCUCCUGUAUUUAUAUGCCAAGUAAUUUAAAACUAAGCAUAAUGGUGCAAAAUCAGCCAGUAUUGUUCACUCUGACCUUAACCAGGGAGGGCAAAAGAGCACUUGAUUACUCACGCUUUGGCUUUGCUUUGGCUUGGCGCAGCACGGCAAAAUGUGGAUUUUCUUUUCAGUGCCUUAAAUUCUCAGCAGGGUUGGGGGAUGUCUUUAAAGUGAGGCAAGAUAAAAAUUGCUUCGCUGGAUCAAGCCAAAGUUCAAACACUGGCUCCAAAGAGCCAGAGAAGCCCAGUAGCUGGGUCACAAAGGCAACAGCCCUCCCCUGUUCUUUGCUCCCAGGCUCUUGGAAGAUAGACUGCUUCUGAACAUGGAGGUUCCAUGUUCCAUGAAUUGAUCUUUAGGAACUUGUUUCUGUUUUUUGGUGGCUAUCCCAGAGUUACUGUGUUGAGAUUAUUGCCCUCCUAUGUGUGUGUGCUUGAAUUCCUGUUGUGUACUCUUGAUGGUUCUGGGGAAGGAAAAAAGUUUGUUCAAACUAUUUUGUUUAUGCAGAAUGAUUCCCAGCCAAGUAUAGGCUUUGGGUGAGAUCCUAUGGAAGAUUUCAGUAGGUGGAAGGGAUUUCCGUCCAUGGAGCACAGCUCUCUCCCCUCCCCCAAGUGUCCAUUCCUCAAUGCUAUGCCCAAUAGGGGAUCCCCAGGACUUGCCUGGAGCAGCCAGAGGUCUGCCAUGGGAAGGGGAAAAUUGGUAAAAAUGGCCCCCUGCUUCUGUCUAUGGAAAUCCUCUCUCUGGUCAUAGCAGACUCGAUCCAGAUUUUUCCAUUCUGUACUGCCCUAGCCAAAUUGCCCUGUUUUCUAAACUCAGAUAUUUUUUUCUCCUUGACAAAAGACAGCCUGUUGUAUCAAAUGUAAUAUAGUAUGUCUUUUUAUAUGUCUAUCCCUUGACUUAAAGAGUAAUUGGACAUCCUGUCUGUUUCUCCUAAUUUGCUAUGUUCUGAUGAUGAUGUGGCGGCUCUUGAGGAUCGAGGUGUUUUUGGCAGGGAUGGGAAAUUGCUUUGUUUUAGGCUCUGCAGUGCCGUCAAGCACAGUCCAAGCUGGCUUUUAAAAGAGAUCAUGCACCUGUUUUAAAGUAGCACCACAAACAAGUCUUCAAAAGUUACUAGCUCUCAAGAGAGGCUUUUAAACAUCUCACUUACCUUAUGCUGUUUCUUGGCAUGAGGAUUUACUGGAUUUACUUCUCUUUACUAGAUUUUCUUCUCUUGAAAAGAAAUCCCCAUGUGAUCAUGUAGAAGUAGUAUUAUUUUAGGCAAGAGGCUCUUUGUGGGACUGUGCAUUGGCACACGUGGACAGUCAUUCUGAUGAAGCAAGUGUUUGCUUGUGCUCAUGCUUGGAGGAAUCGUUGGUAAAUUCAAGAUUUCUUUCUUUGAUUUCAAAUUUAUAAAGAAAGUACAAUGUACGUGGCUGCAGGGCAUAGAUGCCAAGCUGUUACAAUAGUUUAAUAAGUAGGUAGCUGUGAAAUAGCAAUAACAAAUACAGUACACAAUAGUAAAGAGUCCAGUAGCACCUUUAAGACUAACCAACUUUACUGUAGCAUAAGCUUUCAAGAAUCACAGCUCUCUUCAUCAGAUGCAACUUAAUUGUAAUAUAAGCUUUCGAGAACCAUAGCUCUCUUCAUCAGAUGCAACUUUAUUGUAGCAUAAGCUUUUGAGAACCACAGCUCUCUUCGUCAGA